UUCAAUAAUAAUAAUCAUCAUCAUCAUCAUCAUCAUCAUCAUGGGAUUCUGGCUGCACUGAAAUCCUGCCGCUAUUUCAAGACGCGGGGGCUGCUCCUCGCGGUCACGUGACUCGCGGAACGUCACGCUCUCUGGCAGAAACACGGGCGGUCGCCGAGAUGUGGCCUCCGGCGGGCAUCCUGGCCGCUUUCGCCCCUCUCACCGCUGACUGAUUCCUCCGACGUCUCGGCAGUGUGUCACGGUUCGGGCGACGCGAAUCCGCCGUCGGCUGGACGGUUAAAGGACGUUCUGGGACAGCUGUCAUGGUUGUGGGCGGCUGAAGGCGCCCUUUACAGAUUGGCGAGACGCCCCCUCGGGGACCCUCCACCACCACCGUAAAUAAAAAACAGCUCACGCCGCCCAGCUAAGGCCGCCGCCCGCUCGCUAGUCAGCCGCCAGCUCCCUCGGACUGAUGUCGACCCGGCGUUGCUCCGGAGUCUCCGGCUCGGCUGGCGGCUCGCCGUCCCCGGGCGCCGAGGCCCUGGCCUCCGCCGACCCCGCUCGGGAGCUAUUCGAGGCGUGCAGGAACGGCGACUUGGAGCGGGUCAAGAAGCAGAUGAGCCCGGAGAGCGUGAACAGCCGCGAUACGGCGGGCAGGAAGUCGACGCCGCUGCAUUUCGCCGCCGGGUUCGGCCGGCGGGACGUGGUCGAGUACCUGCUGCAGAACGGGGCCAAUGUGCACGCCCGUGAUGAUGGCGGGCUCAUCUCUCUCCACAACGCCUGCUCCUUCGGGCACGCCGAGGUGGUCAGCUUGCUCCUGCACCAUGGGGCUGAUGCCAACUCCAAGGACAACUGGAACUAUACCCCCCUGCACGAAGCCGCCAUCAAGGGCAAGAUUGACGUCUGCAUAGUGUUGCUCCAGCACGGCGCAGACCCGACCAUUCGCAACACGGAUGGAAGGACUCCUCUGGAUCUGGCAGAACCCUCCACCAAGGCUGUGCUGAACGGUGAAUACAGAAAAGAUGACCUCCUUGAGAGUGCGAGGAGCGGAAACGAAGAGAAGCUGAUGUCUCUUCUGACACCGUUGAAUGUAAACUGUCAUGCCAGUGAUGGAAGGAAGUCCACCCCCUUGCACCUGGCAGCGGGAUACAACCGCGUGAAAACGGUGCAGCUUCUCCUGCAGCAUGGUGCCGACGUCCACGCCAAGGACAAAGGCGACCUCGUGCCCCUGCACAACGCCUGCUCCUACGGUCAUUAUGAAGUGACAGAUUUGCUGGUGAAGCAUGGCGCCUGCGUCAAUGCCAUGGACCUGUGGCAGUUCACCCCCUUGCACGAGGCGGCUUCCAAGAACCGCGUUGAGGUGUGCUCCCUUCUUCUCAGCCACGGGGCUGACCCUACCUUCUUAAACUGCCACAACAAGAGCGCCAUCGACCUGGCGCCCACAGCUCAGCUCCGUGAGCGCCUGGCAUAUGAGUUCGAGGGUCACGCCCUGCUGCAGGCCACGCGGGAUGCGGACAUGGCUCGGGUCAAGAAGCACCUGACAGCGGAGUCUAUUAACUUCAAGCACCCCCAGACCCACGAGACAGCGCUGCACUAUGCAGCUGCCUCUCUGUAUCCGAAGAGAAAACAAGUUUGUGAAUUACUGCUGAGGAAGGGGGCCAAUGUCAAUGAGAAGAGCAGAGACUUUCUGACUCCUCUGCAUCUGGCUUCCGAAAAGUCCCACAACGACGUCAUCGAGGUGCUUGUGCAACACGAGGCGAAAGUGAACGCCCUUGACAGCAUGGGCCAGACCGCCCUGCACCGCGCCGCUCGCUGCGGCCACCUGCAAACCUGCCGCCUGCUCCUCAGCUCGGGCUGUGACCCCCUCAUCAUGUCACUGCAGGGCUUCUCGCCCUCCCAGAUGGGCAACCAGAGCGUGCAGGAGGUGCUGCAAGAGGGCGUGUUUAUCGGAAACUCCGACGUGGACCGGCAGUUACUGGAGGCGUCCAAAUCUGGGGAACUGGAGAUCGUCAAGAAGCUGUGCACCCUCCAGAACGUGAACUGCAGGGAUGUGGAGGGCCGCCAGUCCACACCCCUACACUUUGCAGCGGGGUACAACCGCGUGGCGGUGGUAGAGUACCUGCUGCAGCAUGGAGCUGACGUCCAUGCUAAAGAUAAGGGGGGCCUCGUCCCCCUGCACAACGCCUGCUCCUACGGCCACUACGAGGUGGCGGACCUGCUGGUCAUGCAUGGCGCCAUUGUCAACGUGGCCGACCUGUGGAAGUUCACCCCUCUGCACGAGGCCGCGGCCAAAGGCAAAUACGAGAUCUGCAAGCUUCUGCUCCAGCACGGCGCCGACCCAACCAAAAAGAACCGCGAUGGGAACACGCCACUGGACCUGGUGAAGGACAGCGACACGGACAUCCAGGACCUGCUGCGGGGUGAUGCUGCCCUGCUGGAUGCAGCUAAGAAGGGCUGCCUAGCACGUGUGAAGAAGCUGUGCAGGCCAGACAACGUCAACUGCAGGGACACGCAAGGCCGCCACUCCACCCCGCUGCACCUCGCCGCUGGAUACAACAACCUCGAGGUGGCGGAGUACCUGCUACAGCAGGACGCCGAGGUGAACUCGCAGGACAAAGGAGGCCUGAUCCCUCUGCACAACGCUGCCUCCUACGGGCAUGUGGAUGUGGCAGCUUUGCUCAUCAAGUACAAGGCAUGCGUGAACGCUACAGACAAGUGGGCGUUCACCCCGUUACACGAGGCCGCGCAGAAAGGCCGGACCCAGCUGUGCGCCCUCCUGCUGGCGCACGGCGCCGACCCCACCCUCCGCAACCAGGAAGGCCAGUCGCCGCUGGACCUCGUCACGGCGGACGACGUGCGCGCUCUCCUGACGGCAGCCAUGCCUCCUUCCGCUCUGCCCUCCUGCUACAAGCCCCAGGUCAUCAGCGUAACGGCCACCUCUGCGCCCUCUGCCCUGUGUGCCACCCCGCCACCCGGGCCCCCCGGUGGUGCCCUGGACCCCCAGGGAGGCUUCCCUGAGCUGCCUGCUUUGAUGGGCACGGCGGGAGCUGAGGGGGCCACAGGAGUAGAAAAGAUGGAGCCAGGUCUGGACUUGAGCAUCGAUCAGUUCCUCAACAACCUUGGCCUGGAGCAGCUGCUGGAAAUCUUCGAACGGGAGCAGAUCACCCUGGACGUUUUGGUAGAAAUGGGCCACAAGGAGCUGAAGGAGAUCGGCAUCAACGCCUAUGGGCACCGUCACAAAAUCAUCAAAGGGGCGGAGCGGCUGAUCGCGGGCCCGCAGAGCCUGAACCCGUAUCUCUCUCUGAACACCACGAACAGCGGCACCAUCCUGAUAGACCUGGGUGUCGACGACAAGGAAUUUCAGUCUGUGGAAGAAGAGAUGCAGAGUACGAUCAGGGAGCACAGGGAUGGCGGCCAUGCUGGGGGCGUCUUCAACCGAUACAACAUCAUCAAGAUACAGAAAGUGUGCAAUAAGAAGCUGUGGGAAAGAUACACUCAUCGUAGGAAGGAGGUGUCGGAGGAAAAUCACAAUCACUCCAACGAGCGGAUGCUGUUCCAUGGUUCACCGUUCGUGAACGCCAUCAUCCACAAGGGCUUCGACGAGCGUCACGCCUACAUCGGCGGCAUGUUUGGUGCCGGCAUCUACUUCGCGGAGAACUCCUCCAAGAGCAAUCAGUACGUGUACGGGAUUGGAGGAGGGACCGGCUGCCCGCUCCACAAGGAUCGCUCCUGCUACGUUUGCCAGAGACACCUGCUGUUCUGCCGCGUGACCCUGGGCAAGUCCUUCCUGCAGUUCAGCGCCAUGAAGAUGGCCCACUCACCGCCGGGCCACCACUCGGUCACCGGCAGGCCCAGCGUCAACGGUCUGGCGCUGGCCGAGUACGUCAUCUACCGCGGGGAGCAGGCCUACCCGGAGUAUUUGAUCACGUAUCAGAUAAUAAAACCGGAAGGGAACGCCGACGGAUAAUCCCAGAGGGACGGCAGGACAGACGGCCUUCCAGUGCAGCGGCCUCCUGCUGAGAAUGGGCCCACGGCUGUACUCACUGCAUGACGAUAUUUAUACAGUGUAUAAAAUGUCCGUUCCCUCUGUUUUUCAGUUUUAAUAAUCAGCACUUUAUUUACCAGUGCGAUUUCUGACGUAGGGUCAAGAUGAAUCUGCAGGGUUGUCUCUCCCCCCCCCCCCCCCGCCCCCUUCUUUUUGGUUAUUUUAACAUGCAAGUUUUGGAGCGUGAAAGUGAAACCCGCCAUUUCCAGUGUCCGUCACUGUAAUGUCACUUCAGCGAGUAACAGGAAGCUUUUGCUGUUUCACAAGCACAUCUGAGCGGUGAAAUUAUUUAUUUCAUGAAACUGUAUAUAAUUUUUUGUACUAUAUUAAUUUAUUUACAUUUAUUUUAUAAAGAUGUUCCUAACCUUAACUGAUCAGUGAGGUUUUUCUUUUCUUUUUUUUUAUCCAACUUCCCAAAACUGCUAACUUCACCAUUAUGCUUUGUGUUGCGAAGAUGCUCCCAUUUUUUAAACCACUGGUUUCCAUGGCUACGGUUAAGAAGCUAUUAUUCAUCUUAAUGUGAAAAUGAUAGCAGCGAGAGAUCCCCGACAAGGUACUACGGAAAGUUUUGUGGGUAAGGAUGGCUCUUAUCUGUAAGCUCCUCGGAUAACCAAGGCCAAUAUACCUUCUGUUAGAGUCAACGUCAGAUUUGAAAAUAAACCACUCUGUAAUUUUACCUGUGAAUCUCCCCCGCAGAAGACAGUGAUGGAAUUAGAUGUCAUUUUUGAGAAAAUGGGUUUGUUUGUGGAUUAAGAUGCAAUGUCUAAAUUUGGGGGGAAAAACAAAAAAAAAAACACUUUUGUUCUAUAUUUGGGGAUGAAAUGUUGAAUGCGCUGUUUUACCCGGUGUGUCGAUAGAUAUACUGUGACUUUGACACUAAUAUGCUGUCGUUGCAUAAUGUUUUCCAAAGCUCCGCUUUAUGUGCAUGGUAUUCCCUGUUAGGUUCGAUCUUGUGAUGUCAUGUAUGAAAAAUACCUGUUUAGUGCUGCUUCUAUAUCGUGGCGGAAUGUGGGGAAAUUUCCACUCAGUCCCCUCUGGAGCCAAAUAAAAAUCGAUAUAAUACUUAA